AUGACGGUCGUAAUCUGGGAGGCGUACAUUGUCCGAAAUGGUGAUAUCUAUUAUCUUUAUGUUAAUGCUACACUACAACUUCCAUUCUUGUGCCCCAGUGAAUCAAGCUGCCAGAAUUCGAUACAAACAGCUUUAGAGGAAACACCUUUAACUAGUUUAACAUUGUCGACAGAAAAUGGACAAGUUAUUGAUAUACUAGUUGAAAGGCCAACGGUGCAAGGCUUAAAACCGUUCUUACUACACGGAAAAUGUAAUCGUAUUGACGUAAUUGUGGGACUCGUAUUGGCAACACUAAGUUUAGACGUCUGCAUAAAUGUACUGUCUCCUGUAUAA